AACAUGGGAUAAGCAUAGGUGAUAAGUUAGCUUUUUGCUAACUCCACCAUGGACAAUGUUCCCAGUUUUUGUUCUCCUGUCUCUUCUGAAGAAAACGGAGCAGAAAACGGUGACAGCUCGUCGAAUGAAGAUGGAUUAAACGACGCUUUUGGCGACCUGGCUGCCCUCCCGGUCGAGGUGGGCGAGAGAAGACCGACGUGUUUACGGUGCCGUCGCCCUCAGAAGGUGUGUCUCUGCCCUUUUCUUCCAACACAACCCCUGGAGGUCUCCACAUGUCUGUACAUAGUGCAGCAUCCUGCAGAGGAGAGCAGAGUUCUUCGCACAGUGCCACUACUUGCUGCUUGUUUGCCACAAGGAAAAUGCAAUGUCAUAGUGGGAAGGAGAUUCAAUGAGGAAAAGCACCCGGAGCUGGCUGCGGUGUGUCGGGACAGCAGGACGCUGAUCCUGUACCCAGGUCCCAAAUCCCAGAACCUGGACGAGUUGGUACAACACCAGGAAGUAGGCACAGGGAAACACAAUGUGAUCAUUAUAGACGGCACCUGGAGCCAGGCCAAAAACAUGUUCCUAAAAAACAGCCUGUUUCACCUGCCUAAACAGGUGCAGCUCAAUAGGACUCUUUCCAGUCAGUAUGUGAUCCGCACACAACCCUCCAACAUCUGCCUGUCCACGCUGGAGUGUGCUGCUGUCUCGCUGUCCAUACUGGAGCAGAAUGACGACAUCCAAGAGGUUCUGCUGAGGCCCCUGAAGGCUCUGUGCUCCUUCCAGCUGCAGCACGGUGCUCAGGUUCACCAUAGCAAGGAGCAUUUACUAAAGAACGGCAUGUACGACAAACCCAUGCCCAAGAACAAACGCAAGAUAAAGAGGAUGGAGAAACUCGUCACUGACCACAAUGUCUGCCCAAGAUGAGGGAGAGACUGAGCAGAGAAGCUCGACUGAUGCUGCUCAGGACUGUUUCAUCAGAGCAGCAUCAGGGCGCACAUGUGGAAACCACUGGACCUUUUGAGACUUUUUUUGUGUUUAUUGCUGGCAAACUUAAUUUAUAUAUUUGUCAUUCAAUUUUAAAAAAUAACGACAGGUUAAAGUCGUAGUUUAAAUGUCCUGGUUUGACAAUAAAUCAGGUUUUAUUGUUUUAAAAAACAAUUUACAUUGUUCUUCCUAUCUUUUUAUAAACACUAUGGUGGUUUUGUUGUGAUUGAUCUGGAAGGGCUGAUGUUUUUUUUGCAAAAUCUUUACCCAGACAUGUUACAAAAUAAAAUUACAUUUUAAA